GGCAUGCAUUUGACAUAGAAUUGUGCGCGUUCCCUUUAAGAGAUCCCGGAAGUUCAACAUUGUAUACUAGGUAGGUUUAUUUCUGGUGCGAAUCUGUCAAGCGCGCAAUGACACCUUUCUAUAUAACUACAGCCGCGCGCUCUUUGCUAAAGUAUUAUCGACACAGAGCUGUUUUAAAAACGGUCCCGGGACUCAGAGCGUGGGAGUUCAGAAACAUGUAUCCAUGCACUUCCAUCGCAGAGCACAAAAGCAUGGAGGAGAUCUUGAAAAAGACAGUGGUCCCAUUGCCCACCUAUGAGAUGAGAGACAAAUCUCCACCUCCACCUGAAUCCAACAGUCUGGAGUUUAUGUUCUUCUACAAGAGUUUAGAGAAAGAGCAAAGACUGGAGUUUCUCGCGAGGUUGUCUCAUGAUUUCGGGGUAGAUCACAAAUGGGCUUUGGAUCUGGCUGCGAAGUUGCAGGACACUCAGUUGCGGGAUGUGGCCACGAUCCUCCAGGUGGAGGACAGGUUACGGUACAGUUUAACACCUCGGUACCGACAGCUCCUAACCCACAUCAGCAAGGUUCAGGGAGGGGUGAAGUUUCUGGUGGACCUCAGGGCAGAUCUCAUCGAGUUCGCUUCUUCAAAAAUUAGUGACAGCCCACAUAUGAGGGAUCUGAACAGCACUCUGAAGAGUCUUCUGUCAGAAUGGUUCUCUGUUGGGUUACUCCGACUCGAAAGAAUCACUUGGCAGUCCCCUUGCGAGGUCCUUCAGAAGAUCAGCCAGUACGAGGCGGUGCACCCUGUGCGGAACUGGACGGAUAUCAAACGCAGAGUGGGUCCGUACCGUCGAUGUUACGCCUUCACCCACGCUUCGAUGCCUGGAGAACCACUGGUGGUGCUUCAUGUUGCCUUAACUGAGGACAUAGCAAAUAACAUCCAGGGAAUCGUGAGAGAGUUUGCCACUUUAGAUGCAGAAGAGGAUGUGAACAAGAUCAAUGCUGCCAUCUUCUACUCCAUCUCCUCCACUCAGGCUGGGCUGCAGGGGGUGGAGCUUGGAAAUUACCUCAUCAAGAGUGUAGUCCGAGAACUGCAGAGUGAGUUCCCCCACCUGACCCAGUUCUCCAGUCUGUCUCCCAUCCCUGGCUUCUCCUCAUGGCUGCAAGGGGUGCUCGGACAGCACAAGAAGGAGGGACGCGCCACGGAGCUCCUCUCUGAGCAGGAGUGGAGGGAGGUGGAGGAUGUGACGGGAGCUGCUCCCGGUGCUCCGGCUCUGGAAGCCCUGCGCAGGCUCAUCGGCACCAGCGAGUGGAUCCGCUCGGAUCGCCUGCUCCGCUCUCUGGAACCUGCGCUAAUGCGGCUCUGUGCCUGGUACCUGUAUGGAGAGAAACGGCGGGGCUACGCCCUAAACCCUGUGGCCAACUUCCACCUUCAGAACGGUGCCACCAUGUGGAGGCUGAACUGGCAAGCGGACAUCAGCCCGCGGGGCAUCGCCAACUCCUGUGGCAUAAUGGUUAAUUAUCGCUACUUUUUGCAAGAGACCAGCACUAACAGCGCUGCCUACAUGCAGAAUAAAGUCAUUAAGGUCUCGGAGCAGGUGCUGGGGCUGGUGUCGCAAUUCCAGAAGAGCAGCAAACUCUAAAUCAAAUCUCUGGCUCUGCAUUUGAACAAGAUGAUAUGCACUUAAAUUCAGGGUUAUAAUUUUUAAUAUCUGAUCUGCACUGGAUGGAUAAACGUAAUGAGGGUUAAACAAGCCUUUUACAAAUCCAUUGGGCUCUGCGACUGAAACCAGAUUAUAUCACAUUUCAUUUUUAGUUGAGAUGGACAGUUGUACUCUGCCUUUCUGAAAGACAAUUUAAUCUCAUUUUAAAAGGGACAUUUACUCACCCUGAAUACCUGUAUGAAUUUUUUCCUUCCUUCCAUCAUAUAUAUGGUGUCCAAAAAAUAAUGAUAAAGCAUUAGUAGUCUAUGUGAUUUGUGCACUAUAUUAAAUGUGGAUUUUUUUUUUUCAUUUCAAGAGAAGAAAAGGAUAAUUGUCCAAACGAUUCUAUUUGCCUGGGCCCUUUUCAGCAGUGCGUUUCAGUUUGAUUAGCUGGUUGCUGAUUUUGAUGUGGACUUAUGCUCCAUUUUGAAAGACUGUGGGUAAUGAAGCAGGAAAAAUCUAUCAGCCCCUGUCAUGUCUUUGCCUUCUCAGCGUGUGUAUAUAAGAGAGCGUGCCAGCGCGACUGAGUGGAAGCUGCUGUAAUAAAUGAUGUUUUGAUUCCUUCAUUAGUGUGAUCUGAUUCACUGUGAAAUGGCUGUCUGUAUUCAAAUGUGACUAAAUGUGCACAAAAUUGUGUGCAAGCUAAAAUGAUUUAUUUAUAUAUAAAAAUUCUACCUGA